AUAAGUACAUGUCCUGCUGGCGGUCUACGUUUUGUCUGUGAGAGAAGUCAUCGGGGGCAGACACGGAUCCAUAGCGGUUACCUGUGAUUGUUUUCAAAACAAACGGUGUCAUGGAGGUCAGCGCCGAGGCCAAGAGGAUCAUGGUCGUGGCUUUGGGUAAACUCUACAGCUCCCGCACGCAGCGCGGAGGACUCCGACUCCACCGGAGCCUCCUCCUGACCCUGGUCAUGAAAUCCGCCCGGGACAUUUACCAUGCGGCGCAGCCGCCUGUGGAGGAAAGCGUCGCGCCUGCGUGUGAUCAGCAGGCGGAGGUGGAGAUGAAGGAGGACCUCCAGGGUCCCCCCAGGACGCCGUCUCACCUGCCCGACGACGCACAGGCGCGUAAUUGCGCGGAAAACAAGGAGAACCUGUCCCACGACGUCAGCGCACAGCACACGCGGAAACGGCGCAGCAAAGCGGACGCAGAUCCGGACUUUCUGCCCUGCAAGAAGGCAAAGCUUGAGCACGGGAAUAGCUCCGAACAGCUCCUUCUCAGCUCUGUUUUGGUGGACUAUGUGAACUGUAGCAGUGAACUGGGGCCACCCCCGACUCCCAUCCCCCUACAGACUGCCAUCGCAGCGUGUUAGGUCACACUGGAGCCUGGGAUGCCCUUAGGUGGAUCCGGGUGUGGAAGAAGUCCAAAAGUCCCAGUGGUGACCUGUGUGGACUGCGCUACCAGCCCAGCUAGUGCGCAGCUGGUCCACAGUCUGCUGGCCUGGUGGUGCCUUCAGCUGGACAAGUGGUGUCUAAAGGACUGGCCUUCCUAUGAACAACUAUGAUGAACUGUAUUUAUGUCGACACCUUGACAUAAACUGUUAAUUUCUAAAACAGUCCAAGAAUCCAUCUACCUCAGUAUUUAUUAAACGUUUUCUUUUUAUUUGACAGAA